GGAAUUCUGUACUUACAUUUAGGCCACCUGAAUCAUGGUUUAGUGAUAUUACUUUGUUAGUGAUAUGAUAUUAUUAGUGCUAUUGGCUGUAUGAUGAUAAGACGAUACGUUGACUAUGAAUUUAAAAGAAAUAACUACUUUAAGGGUAGAUCUCAUUGUUAAAUUCAAAGGGCGAUCACAAAUAAAUGAUUGUUUCUUGUUUACGACUCUUUAGUGAGAGUAGUAUUUAUUGAAUUAACAGGUUCAGAUUUGAUAGCGGUACCUUUUACAGAUGCUGUCAUUUUAUGAUAUGACGAAUGGUUAACACUAUCCUAUCUCAGGGUCUAGAAUUUGAAAAGCAUCGUUCCUCUUAGUCUACUAAUAUAGUUGCGAGUUAAUCAUUAUUCCUUUUAAUGGCUUGACAGAGAUUACGUAAACUGGAAAACAGCUCUCAUAAAAGGAAUAAAUCAAUUUGGAGACUAGUCCUGUGUUAUCCAUUGGUUUCAGUUGUACGCUCUUAUCAAGUCUCAGAAUCCAAAUGAUCUAAAUGAAAUAGGUAAUUCCUGAUUCACCGUAGAUGUAAAUUCUUUGUAGUAUCGAUUUUAAGGUGAUGGUUUGAUUAUACUGUGAAUUGUAAUUAUUCAAGCGUCAUUCAACCCGUCAUUUAUGGAGGUCAUCAGUUAAUAGUGAAUCAGAAUGGAAAAGUGGAUUUUAUGAAACCAGAAAUUAUUAGUAUCAGUAGUCAAUCACAAACCAUUCCAUCUCAUAAAACUCCUGAAUUUAAACAAUCAGUAGAAGAUAUUUCAGAAGACAAAAGACAAAUAGCACAGAAUUACUUUUUUCAUAGUGUACAAAUUCCAGAAAGUUUAAUACAAUUUCUUCUUGAUCGAUUUGUUUCAAUAAGUUAUACACUUCAUGGAUUUAGAACAGUAAAACCAAGGCAUUUAUGCGGUGGUCUACUUAUUAGUAAUGAAUGGGUAUUAACUGCAGCUCAUUGUAUUAGUCCAUUUCAAAGUAUAGAUUUUCAUGUCGCAUUUGUACAUCUUGAAUCCUGUAAUGGAUUAUGGAAGAAAUUACAAUUAGAAACAGAAAUAAAACAAAUCAAAAUUUAUGAACAACAACAAGAAUAUGAAUGGAUAAAUAUUUGUAAACAAAGUUUGAUUGAUAAUUAUAUUGGUCAAAAGUGUCCUUUUAGUUAUUUAUGCGCUGGUGGAAGAUAUGUAGAUGGUGAUACAUGUCAAGGAGAUAGUGGUGGACCACUUUUAUGCAUUGAAUCAAAAAAUUAUUCGAAAUUUACAAAGAAAUGGUUCGUUGUUGGUAUUGCGUCAUCAGGAAUUCGGUGUGGUUUGAAUGGGAUCCCAUCAAUCUAUACACCAUUAUAUCCCUAUUUGGAUUGGGUUGAAUCCAUUACAGGCUACGGAAAAUCUUUCGAGUAA